AUAAUCUAGUAGGCCGUCGUUAUGGUACGUGUUCGGCUGACAUUGACGAUAAUGUAAAUUCAUGGAUCAAUUGCUCAUAUAUGUCUCUGAAUUAGUUUGGACGAGGAUUUUUCACGGACAGUAAUGCGGAUUUUCCCAUGUUCCCGCAAUUUCAGAAUGCAUUUGCUUCAAACGCGAAUCUCACUUUCGAUACAUAUUACCGAUGCUAUCCUACAGCAAUGCUUCCUGGUGAAGAGCGGCCAAACUUGAAUUACGGAGGCAAAGUCAUUCUUCCACCUUCUGCUUUAGAAAAACUGUCUCGUUUGAAUAUCAGUUAUCCCAUGCUGUUCGAAUUUCAAAACAAACAAACGGGUCAACGAACCCAUGGAGGUGUCCUCGAGUUUAUUGCUGAUGAAGGUCGCGUCUAUUUACCGCAUUGGAUGAUGAGUACUUUGGGUGUUCAACCCGGCGAUCUUAUUCGUGUCAUCAAUACCGACAUUCAACAGGGAAGCUUUGUUAAGUUGCAACCGCAAUCGUCAAACUUCCUCGAUAUAACAAACCAUCGGGCAGUAUUGGAAAGUGCGCUCCGAGACUUUAGUACCCUGACGCAAGGGGACGUAAUUGAAAUUUUGUAUAAUGACCAGGUCUAUAAAUUGGCCGUUCUCGAAGUGAAACCCGAGGAUGGUCGAGGAGUAAUUUCUGUCGUCGAGACUGAUCUUGUCGUCGACUUUGCUCCGCCAGUCGGAUAUGAGCAAGAAAUGCAGCGGAAGCAGCAAGAAAUGGCUAAAUCAAAGGUUCCUCCAAGUGUCGAAGGAACGAUGGCAAAAAGAAUUCAUUACGACGAGCUCGUUGCCAAAGGCUCUUCGCUUUCUGCCCACGGAUCCGGCUCAAAAUUGAAUGGCAAGGGGACCAAGUCGAAAAGUCCUGUUGCCAAAAUUGAUGUUACGAAACAGCGUGCGCCUGCUGCGCUUGAUCUCCCGUUGGGAGUGUACUUCUUCGGUUAUCCCUACGUACCGCCUAAAAAUCAAGCUGAUGAAGCGGAUGAAGAUUCUAAUCGCUUUUCCGGUGCUGGAUCAUCUUUGCGAACUGCACGCAAACACAAAAAGAAUUCAAAACGUUCGUCUGGCGCCGGAUCCUCUGUGAACCCCAUUUCUGUUUCCGACUAGACGCACACUUCAUGAACUCCCCCCUUCUCAAUCGACCGGUCUACACAUGAUAUGAACACGGCCCUACGAAUCGAAGUCUUUUAUACUGCAAAUGACUUGAUUCUUCUCUCGCACUGCUAAUAUCGCUAAGUC